CGAUGGCACGACGUUUUCACAGAACAAGUCGCGCGACGGAUCUCUUCUUCUUCUCUUCUUCUAUUUUACUCUCGAAACGCGGAGCGAAGGUAAUACGUCCCGUCCCGCCUCGUGAUCUUCUCGAACCCGCGAUCGAACCGCGCGUCGCACCCGUCGCGCACGCGCUUCCUCUCGCUCGCGUCGUAGUAGCGGCACGCGUCGUCGUCGUCGUCCGAGGCGCGCCGCCGGGCCGCCGCCGCCGCCGCGCGGACGCGAUCAGUCGCCAAACGUUUCCCGGCGUCGCGCGCCUUCGCCCCGGCGACGCGCACGGCCGCGUUCAGCGCGCCGCUGCCGGCGGCGAUCUCGCCGCGGAACGUCGCGACGACGUCGUCCCCUUGCGCGUCCGCGAUGGCGUCGAACAGACGCGCGGCGCACCACGGCGGGAGCGGGCCGCCGCCGUCUCUCGACGCGUCGAAUUCCGCGGUGUACACCGUCCUCGUUCUGGGCGGGGCGAAAAUCGGGGUGGAGUUCAAAGGCGUCAGACGGAGUUGAAAGGCGCCGAGGGCGGGGAUUGA